CCCAAGGUGCCACCACUAAAACGCCUCCUUCUUUUUUUUAGAAAAUAUUGGAAUUACAUAUUUAAAGGGAAUUGUUUAUCGUUGGGAAAAAGGCGCGAAAGCAAAGGCCGGCUGCAAUGGACAUCGAACUGAGCCUGGACGAGAUCAUAGAGCGCAAACGCGGACACGGCGGGCGGCCCGUCGACAAGAAGUUCAAUGCGAACUACACCAAGCCACGCCGACUGCUCAACAAGCCCGCCUUCAAGGCCACCGCGACAGGGGGCUCCCUGUCGGAUCCGCCGCCUCAGCGCUCCUUCGACGCCCGGAACAAGAUCAUCCAGAAGACACGUGCCAAGAUAGCGGAUGCCCGGGAUCUCCUCAACCAGAGCAUGCGCGACUCGGGCAUCGACGCCCGCCAGUUGCUGCUGGAGCGCAAAAAGUCGCGUCCACUGGGCCCGACCGCCACUGCCGGCGGAGAGCCACUGCCGCCGUCUCGCCACGCCCGUGCAGCUGGAGUGCACCAGGGCCACUUUGGUCAGCGCACCAUCACCAUGUCGAACCGCCCGGGAGGCACCAUUCAGACGGAAUGGGACUCUGACGAGGAGCUCGUGGGUCUGGGCGGUGGUGGGCACAAAUUGGCGGGCUUGCGUCGAUCCUUCCCUUCCAGAUCUAACCAGCCGGGCAAGCCCUUUGCUCCGCGGGGCUACAUUGACCACGACAAUAUGCAGGACCUAGAGGAUGAGGAGAUCACGCGCACCCUGCACUUUGGCAACUUCACCGGUCAGCAGCCGCCGCCGCGCUACACCUUUGGUGGCUUCGACCUGAAUCGCGACGACGACGUGGAGAUGUCCACGGCUCCGCUGAAGAACAAUAUAGCCAGCGACCCGUUUGCCAUUUACGAGGUGGCCCGCAAUCGUAUCGAGCGGCCUUCGCUGCCGACCCCACUGGUGGUUGGAAUCACGGAUACCAGCGAAAAGCUCUUUGAACGUCGCCAUCGGAACAUGGUGAACACCACCAAUCUGCCGGAAUCGCUGCGCGCUCGGCUGUAUGGCGGUGAGCCGGAUCGCCGAGUAUCCCAUGGUAUUUACGCCAACGAGAACAGGGGCAAGGGCGUUGGUGGCGGGGGCGGUGUUGGCGGGGCAUCAUCGAUGGCCCACCCAAUGGCCAUGCGCCGUUCCCCGCCAACCCUGCCGCUGGGAUCGUCGAACACCAAGGGCGGAUAUCGCCUGUUGGUGAGCAAUCUGCAUGCUAACGUGACCACCGCGGAUAUCCGCGAGCUCUUCAGCGACAUUGGCCCGAUGUACGAUGCCCAUGUGGUGCGCCCGGGCACUGCCGAGGUGAUUUACAAGUCUUUGGAACACGCCGAGAUGGCCGUCGAAGCUUACCAUCAUCGCGAGUUCGACGACCAGCCCAUGCACUGCGUGCUGGUCAAUCCGCACUCUUCCCAUCGCUCGGCGCACUCCGCCAGCUCGCGCACUGUGACUACCAACUCGUCCGGCGUGGAGGUGGACAUCGAUGCCCUCCACUCGGUACUCUUCCGGGACCGCUAGGUAUGGCCAUCGGACCGACGCAUCUAGCCAAUUUUCCAGCUUUUCUAGACACGGUGCAUCCUACGCAUCCCACUCUUUUCAUUAUCUCCUAGUAUUAAGCUCAUGUAAACCACUUUAUUCUUAGGCGCGCUUGUCUAAUGCGAAUCGAUCCACCCGGCGUUUGUUCACCAAACUAGACAAGUUUAAAGCAUGUCUUUUUUUUAACGUAGACUUUGAAUAUAAAUGAAUAGAAAAGAACCUACUACAAUUCAAAAA